CACGAAUCACCGCGCCGACAUUACGUCACCUGACAGGGACCAACAAGGCUGAAGUUCAGCCUGGUUUUCGUUUAUCCUUCGGGUGAAGGGAGGGAGAAUGGAUGGAGCAACUUGGGACGCUUGUGCUCCGUGUAGACUUAUCUUUGUCCGACUAACGAUAUCUCCUGAUUUGUCUUCUUUGUUGACGGGUUUGACGAGAGAAGAGAAGAAUCUGAGACACGAAGAGAAAGACAAAGGGGGAAGAGAAAAUUCCAGACGAACCUAGGACGAUCACAAGCCAACUGAAGCCGAUCCAACUCUACGAAAACGCACCACGAAUUCAACUAUAACUAUACUCUCAAACAAAAGACCUACCCCAUUAGCGUACCUUCUCAACUUCCAACGACUCUCCGUGCUCAGCGCACCACACAUAACGAUGCCAUCCGCCAUCCCACUCCCCCUCCAACCCCCCCAGCCCACAACCAUCCUCCAGCCCCUCCUCUCCGCCCUCCCAACCGGCCAACUUCCUCACCCCCCACCCCCCGUCCUCCCACACCUCUCCCCCAUCCUCCGACAGCGCGUCAAGCUCCUCGCAGCACCAACGCAGCCAUGGCUCCCCCUCCUCACCUACGCCAGCGACGACACGGGGGAUAAGCUGAUCGAGCUCGCGCACGGGGAUAAGUUUGAACCGCACCCUGUGAGCGGGGAGAUAGAGGUGGAUGUUGAUUGGGAGGAUGAACGGGACGUAGCGGUGCGGUAUCGACGCGUGGAUGCGGAGACGAUGUGGGCGCGGAUUGAGAUUGUUGGGCUCGGACUGUGGGUGCGCUGCGUGUACUGUGUGGGUGAUUCGGAGGGUCCGGUGGAUGGGUGGAGGAUUGGGGAGGUGGGAGUGUUAAAAAACUCGGGGGAGGGUGAGAGGGAGUGGUUUGGGGGGUUGGAGGCGGCGGAGCAGGCGUUUACGGCGGGGAAGGUGGACCGGGAGGCGGUGGUGGGGAUUCCGACGGUGGCGGAGCCGGUUCAGGAUAAUGGGGAUGAAGAUGAUGAUGCAGCGUACUGGGCUCAAUACGAUGCUACCCCCGCUGCGACACCAGGGCCGGACAACAGAUCUCCUGCUCCAGCAAGCGUGCGCCGGGUACCAGGCAAUGGUAGUACCCAAGUCGAUGGCAGCGCCGAGGACGCCUAUUUCGCGCAAUACGCUGGUGUGCAGCCCGCACUCGACGCACAUGAUCCCGACGAGGCGGGCGCGAAUGGAGAGGUGGAGUCGAGUCUAGGAGCACAGCACGAGCGGGAGUUUGCGAGCCUUGCGGUGCUGGGGAACGGGAAUGGGAAUGGUAUUGGGGAGGUGGAGCGGGCAGGGAGGGAGAGGGACGCGCUGAUUGAGCAGCCGAGACCGCGGUCGGCGGCGUCCAGUGCGAGUGGGCGGUCGGCGGCAGUGGAGGUGCUGGAGGACAAGGUGGAGAGGGAGGGGAGGCAUGAUACGGCUGUGAGGCAGCAUAUUGGGGCGAGUGUGAAGAGCUUGUAUCGGUUGGCGCGGGCGGCGGGGAUGGGGAGGGGGGAGUUUAGGGCUUUGGUUGAGACGGAGCUGGCGGUUGUUGGGGUGGAGGAGGAUGAGGAUGAGUACGGAGGAGAGUAGCUGGUGGGAUGAGGCACGGUAGCUGUACGUAUUGAGAAGGGGAACCAGGUAGUAUAAGGUGGGAAAUAGACUUCAUAUGGC